AUGGAGUCGAUUUCCAGCGGGAUCAGCGGCACCCGAAAUGCUGCCGGUGGCGUCCCUGGCCGUACUGCGCUGGACUUGCCAGUCUCGGAGCUGGUGUCAAAAUCUUUCUCGCCGGGGCCGCGACUCGCCCAGAGUCCGAGCGAGUCCCCAGCUCCAAAAUGCCACGCUGGGCGCCGCCCAGUCCCUGACCCGGACCGGGGCCCCCUCACGCCGGGCACCGCCCAGACCCUGACCUGGACCGGGGCCCCCUCACGCCGGGCGCCGCCCAGUCCCCGACCCGGACCGGGGCCCCCUCACGCCGGGCGCCGCCCAGACCCUGACCCGGACCGGGGCCCCCUCACGCCGGGCGCCGCCCAGUCCCCGACCCGGACCGCCCCUCCCGGGCACCCUGACCCGGACCGGGGCCCCCUCACGCCGGGCACCGCCCAGACCCUGACCCGGACCGGGGCCCCCUCACGCCGGGCACCGCCAGACCCCAACCCGAAGCGGGGCCCCCUCGCGCCGCCCAGACCCCAACCCAGAGCGGGGCCCCCUCACGCCGGGCGCCGCCCAGUCCCCGACCCGGACCGGGGCCCCCUCACGCCGGGCACCGCCCAGACCCUGACCCGGAUCGGGGCCCCCUCACGCCGGGCGCCGCCCAGUCCCCGACCCGGACCGGGGCCCCCUCACGCCGGGCACCGCCCAGACCCUGACCCGGAUCGGGGCCCCCUCACGCCGGGCACCGCCCAGACCCUGACCCGGACCGGGGCCCCCUCAUGCCGGGCACCGGCCAGACCCCAACCCGAAGCGGGGCCCCUCGCGCCGCCCAGACCCCAACCCAGAGCGGGGCCCCCUCACGCCGGGCGCCGCCCAGACCCCGAACCGGACCGGGGCCCCUCGCGCCGCCCACACCCCGACCUGGACUGGGGCCCCUCGAGCCGCCCAGACCCCUCCCGGACUGGGGCCCCUCGCGCCGGGUGCUGA